AUGGCAAGACUACUUGCUGCAGGGCUGAUAGCCCUGAUGACAGUGUCCGUAAGGUCGGAGGGAAUUUUUGAUUGUCUUCGUGAGGAUGACAGCCUUGAGUGCGGGAGGAGAACGACUGACGCGGCUCUUGAUAAGAUAGAGCUGGAGGUCACCGGAAGGAAGAGCCCCAUCAGCUUCAGCAGGAUCGUGGAGGAAUCCGCGGGUCUGUUUGUUGACGGUGUGCAGGCCAUUUUUGGGGCGGAAGACAGUGACUCUGAGGGUCAAGUUGACACUGGCAAUCGUGAAUCACGGCACAAGUUGUUCCUAAAGAAGAAGAAGAAGAAGUUGACGAAGCUGUUCAAGAAGAUGAUACCUUUCCUCAUGCUGAUCAAGGCGAAAAUUUCACUGAUGCUUCAGAUGAUCUCAACCCACUUUCAAUUUAAAUUCUUCAUAAUCGGUGUCCUCAGCAUCAUCAUCAACGGUGUACGGCUUUUUCUAGACUUGAAGAAGAAUCACAAUCCCCACAAGGUCAUCUACUACACAAACGCAGAGCAUCAGCAUCAUUAUGAACAAGAUGAUGAAGCCUACUGGAGACGAUCCGCCGAGAAUGUGGAUUAUAAUCCACAGGAGAGGGCCUACGGUGCUUAUGCACCCAAGCACUGA